UUCCUGAAGCACCUUUCAGGAGUUAACUAGCACAAACACCCCCAGCCCCACAUAUGACCCCACUUUGUAAAAACUGACAAUUUCCCAGCAAAUAUUUCAGAGAACAUAAAAGAGAUUUCCUAGCUCAAAAUCCUUUAUGGCUAAGUAGUACCCUUUAUAUAUAUUUUCCUUAAUAUUUUGCCUACAACUGACAGGUGAAGUUUGGAUUUGAGAUUGGAAACUGAGAUGCAGAACAUAGAUCUCCUAUUUAUACGGAAUUAGAGCAUUUUAAUCAAGUGAGCUUUAGAAAAACCUGUAUUUGCCCUGUUUAGCAAGAAACAUGAGAAAAGUGAAGAGAUUUUUGUCUGUUUGGUUCAAGCUUUGUAUACAGUGUCUAUAGUAAUUGCUUUUUCACUAAGAAGUCUUGAUGCCAUCAGUGACAUUUCUUGUUGCUGAUGUUUUCUUCCAACUCUGCCUUGCACAAGACUUUGUAAGAGGCAUUUUUUUUUCCUGCCUCACUCUUCAAGGUUAAGAAAUCAUAAAUUUAUUGUUGAGGAUUAUAGUUAUUAAGGAAAUGGAAAAAAAAUUACAAUGAAAAGAAGGAUUUAGUGACAGUGGGGUGGUAACUAGAGCUGAAAUUUGUGGCUGGAGCUGAUAAGUCACUUUGAGCCAUCAGAAACCAAAGAUAUGACAGAAAAAGUCCCUGCUGCCCAGUUGGGAUGUUCGUUCUGGCUCAACACUGCUUGGGUCAUCAGUGAACCAAUCCUAAAAACUAGCCAAAGGCUGCAAGAAACUGUUAGUUUUAAGCCUAUUCAGUUCCUUGAUCUCAUUUAGAGGAAGAUCACACAAGGCACUGAAGGGAGCAGAUAGGUUGGUAUACUAGGGCGGGAUUUCGGGGGUGAUACUGAAGUUCCAGCUGGAAGUGGUGAUGAAAAUAGAGCAUCUGUUAGAGAGGAAGGUGGCAGGAGUUAAUGUGGUGGAUGGAUAGGAGGUCUCAUGCCAAGGGUCAGUGUUACUACACAGGAUUAUGCCAAAUACAGGGAGAGCUGGUGAUUGUUAUUUUCCCUGUCCUCCAGGCCAAAGAUAAGAUUAAUUUGCAGAAAAUAGAACUGUGGAAAUGAUCUUGGAUGUUGAGUUUAGUGAAGGAAUGAAGGAAGGAGGUGGCAUCUCUUCUGCUGGUGGUUGGUAAGAACAGAUUAGACAAAUUCCUGCUGUGUUUGUCAUGGGCACAUCCCACCCUGCGGGUCCCCAAAGAGCUCUCCCGUGACCACAGCCCUCGCAUAACGAGAGCUUAAAUCAAAAUCCAGCGGAGUAACACAAAUAUUUUUCCAUGUGGUGCCAUGUAUGACAUCCCUGGUGGCCACUUGGCGGUUUCUUACCCACACUUGUUGGCCACCAAGGUGAUCAAUUUGUGGUCCCUCAAGGACUGGCAGUGCUUGGGUUAUGUUUACGUUGGUUAUGAUGGCACCUCCAUGGGCUCAAGUCGGGGUCAGGUCCUGUUUUCCCAGGCACUGUAUCAUUGCUGCUGAAUGACAAACCUUGCAUUGGAGGGAAGAUAAACUAAAGGAGACUGAACAGAUGAAGGAAGGGGAAAGGACGGAUGAUAUAACAUACAAGCAAGUGGUGCUAGGGCAGAAUUAAUACAGCGUUGCUAAAUAUAUGCUUUGGAUGGAUUUCACUUUGGGUUAAGAUAAGGGCCAGCACAGCUGAUAAUAAAGGAGUUUUCUCUCCUCUCCCUAAACUCUUACAUUUCCCUGAAGCAUUUGCAGUACUGUUAACUGCUUGUGCUACCUGAGCUGCAUCAAACACACACACACAGGUAGGCUUCAUUGGUACCUCCUGUAAAAAACUUGCUGUCAAGGCGUUUUAAUGAUUACAGUAUUAUAAAUAGUAUUCCUCCUCAUUUUUCUUUUAUAAAAAUAACUAAAUUAGAAGGGUUUUCUUUCAGAAAUUAAUUCUGUUGGACCUCUUCCCUUCUUUCCUUAUCAGCAUUUGAUGCUGAAGCAUUCUUGUGCCCAGGCAGUCACACGUGCAGGCAGAUGGGGUAGCAGCUAAGGACGCUCAUGCUGUGUCCUGUUUGGUGUUGCUUUUUUGGAGUUUAGGGUCAGCAUUACCACCUAAUGCUUAUGGCUGGGUUUUUUUGUGGCCCAGUGUGCAGUGCCGCUCCUCGUUUCUGUGUCGAGUCCAUCUCCCCGGCUCGCCCCAGCAGAGUCCUAGCUGCUAAUUUUAAGCUGUGGUGGAUCUUACUUGAGUACUUCUCACAAAAAACCCAAGACAUAUACUCAAAUCCCCUUUCUAAUACUGCAAAUCAGCCCUCCCUCUUUCCCCUGGUCUUUUAAUCUUGGGAGGUAAAGAGAGGGAAGGAGGAGGCUUCCUCACCACUGCCUGAGACCACCAUUUCCCAUCCUUGGGGCAAGGGAGGGGACCAAGCCAUUAGAGACGAGCUGGAUGAGCAUCCCUUCCCACGCCUGUGGAGGCACGGGACCCGCCACUGCUCCUCAUCCUGGGGCUGGGUCAUCCCACCAACAUGCUCCAGCCCAUGGGGUCAGAGAUGCCAUGAGCAGAGGGAAGGUUGUCCUUACUGCCCUGUGUCGAAAUUCCUGCAUCUACAGGCUGCAGCCGGAGAGACUCGAAAGGCUUAAAAGUCUCCCACCACGUAGCAAAUUAUGUUCUCUCUUUGUCUCCAUCUCUCAAGGCGUUCAAGUAGGCUUAACAAGCCACUGGGGACUGAAACAAUAAUAUCUCUGUAUCUAAUGCUUACUGUAAGCAAAAGAUGGAUUACAAAAUAGACUGUUUAUUUUUAAUUAUUAAUGUGUUUGAGCUAGCAAACCUUCACAGAGUUGCACAUUGUUUGUCAUGGAUGGAAAGGAGAUGAACUAUUCGACAAUAGUAUUAAAAACAAUAAUUAUUCAUUCUGGGCACAGCCAUUCUUUUUUUCCCUAAGUACAUAAUAAAAUUUUUUCAAAGCAUGUACUAGGUUAAGGCCAGAAAGAAUUGUCUUGAAACAAAGGAUGGCAGAAAUCAGGGUUUUCUUACUAGUUCAGCCUUAAACGUCUUUGCUUUGCUGUUCCUCAGUUUCCCGACUAAUGGCUUAGUGUGUUAGAAUUCUUUAAUGGAGCUGAAUGAAUCGGGGCAGCUUUCAAAGUACAGCUUCUUGUGCUUCCAGGAAAGAGAGAGCAGAGGUAUUGUAGUGCUAUAGUUGACCAAAUCAAAUGCUGCUGAUAAAAGACCUGAUCUCAAAGACGUCUGCUGAAGUUGUCUUACAACCCUUUGUUGUGCCUUCCCCAGCCUCCUCAGUGUAGCAUACACUGCGCAAAUACCAUGACAGACUUGGCAAAGAGAGAUCGGUGCCCUUUAAGACUACUAUUGGCACAACUUGGGGAGUAGUUCUUGCAGUGAACGAAGAGGCUGUAUUCCGUCCCCUUGCAAGCCCUAGUAAAGCUUGAGCAUGCUUUAGUAGCCCUUGCACACACGCUGCUCUGCAGAGCCUUGCUCCAGCAAAGCCUCCCUGCUGUGGGGCAGGCCCAGCACUGCCCUGCUCUCCUCUCCCCAAGGAUGCACCAGGGAAAAUGCCUUCUGGGACUAUUUACAGCACUCUCCUUCCACCGCACAAGAGGAAUUAUCUGCCUUCUCCAGCCCUCAGCUAAUCCCCGAAUUGCAUCUGUAGUGCAAAGCUUAGUUUAUUUUCAUUUCAUCUAGUAGUUUUAAGUAUUGUGAGGAAUGAAAUGGACAUGCAAAGUGCUGCUUUAAUUUUCAAGGGCAGUAAAGUGUUUUAUUUUUAGAAUGCUCUUAUUGAGGAAAGAAUCUCCGGCAGGUCUUAUCUGGUGGCUAAUAAUAGUGACCUGGCAUGCCCCGAGUGGUGCCGAUGCUGCUGCCCUGCCCUUCUCCCGCUGUCUGCUUGCACCGUUUGCUUCUGAUCAGCUCAUUAGAGUCUCCAAAAUUACAGAGUCUAAUAAUGUAAUAACAAGGUUUGCUCAUAAUUAUUAACUCCUUGCGUUCUAUGUUAUUACUGGAAGGGUAACGUUCAUAAUUAGAGAGCACAAAUAUUUACUGUAAGCAGGUUUUCUGGUCUUUAGAAAACCGUCCGUAUGUCACCAUCUUUAAUAUCACAUUAGAAAAUACUGAGAAGGGGUAGCUCACAGCCUGAGAAGCCUUUGAGAUAUGAACAUCCAGUUGACAAUUUUCAAGCGCUUUCCGCUCUUAACUUCAGUAUAAAUCUUGCUUCCUAGGAGCUUUUUACUUUGUGUACAGUCUGAUUAUUGAUCACAAAUGGACCGAAUGCUGAAUUCCUUCUGCAUUAUUGUUAAAUUAGUGCAAUUCCCCCGAUGACGGUGGUGCUGCUCCCAGUUUGUGGUUACUGUUUGUCCCUGUACACAGGAGAGAAGCAUCAGCAUCUCAGUGCACCGAGUGCAUAUAAUCCAAAUCCAUACUGAAGUCUGUGUCUUUCCUAAAACCAGAACUUGCUCUUGCAGUACAGCAGUGUUCUUGCAGCUUGUCAUCAAACCAAGAAGCAUGCUUGAGGAAGUAUAAAUAGAAACUCAUUUUAGUCAUGCAAAUCCUGCAGUCCUAUUUUGGACAGGGAAAAUCCCUAUAUCAUUUUUUUAAAGAAGUGUGAUGGUCUGAUUUUAAGACUGAGUUUAUUAGGGAUUUAAUCAGUCAGUGAGUUAUGGUGGAGAUUCUCCUCUGGCAUUUAAAUAUAUCUGUUUCUGAUUGAUCUAGCUUUUACAUGUUAUAAAUCCUUGCAAAUUAGCUUUGGGUAUGACCUCCUCCAGUAACUCACUCUGUUUUAUUUACUUGACUGUUUUUUACAGAUAAGUCCCCUCUCUUCUGUCUCCCCCGACGCCACUGGGAAAACAAGAAAGUGGAGACAAAACCAAGUUUACAAUAUUUCACCCGCUUGUCUUUUGGGGUUUUUUUUCCCUUCAAGAGUUGCUUUUUGCUUUUAAAUCACAGUGUCCUAAAAUUGCUGGUAUGAAUCUUGCUACUCUGUUUAAUGACUUUGCAAUGCUUUCUUUCUAAUAGUUGGUGAACACCAGCUGACGGGGCACAAAGUAGCAGUAAAAAUACUCAACAGACAGAAAAUACGCAGCCUGGAUGUGGUUGGGAAGAUCAAACGAGAAAUUCAAAACCUUAAACUCUUCCGACACCCUCAUAUUAUCAAACUGUACCAGGUCAUCAGCACGCCAACAGACUUCUUCAUGGUUAUGGAAUACGUAUCUGGUGGUGAAUUAUUUGAUUACAUCUGUAAGCAUGGACGUGUUGAAGAGGCAGAAGCUCGACGCCUUUUCCAGCAGAUUCUCUCCGCGGUGGAUUACUGCCACAGACACAUGGUUGUCCACCGAGACCUGAAACCGGAGAACGUGCUGCUGGACGCGCACAUGAACGCAAAGAUAGCUGAUUUUGGGUUGUCCAACAUGAUGUCAGAUGGCGAGUUUCUACGCACCAGCUGUGGUUCCCCAAAUUAUGCCGCCCCUGAAGUCAUCUCUGGAAGGCUGUACGCUGGCCCGGAGGUGGACAUCUGGAGCUGUGGCGUUAUCCUCUACGCCCUUCUCUGUGGCACUCUGCCUUUCGAUGACGAGCACGUCCCCACCCUUUUCAAGAAGAUCCGAGGAGGUGUGUUUUACAUCCCUGAAUACCUCAACCGCUCCGUUGCCACUCUCCUCAUGCACAUGCUGCAGGUUGACCCCCUCAAGCGAGCAACCAUCAAGGACAUCAGGGAACACGAGUGGUUUAAGGAGGAGCUGCCCAGUUACCUGUUCCCAGAGGAUCCUUCUUACGAUGCCACCGUCAUCGACGAUGAUGCGGUUCGGGAAGUUUGUGAGAAGUUUGAAUGCACGGAGUCGGAGGUGAUGAACAGCCUGUACAGCGGUGACCCUCAGGACCAGCUGGCGGUGGCUUACCACCUCGUCAUCGACAACCGGAGGAUCAUGAACCAAGCCAGUGAGUUCUACCUCGCCUCCAGCCCCCCCACCGGCUCCUUCAUGGACGACAGCGCCAUGCACAUCCCUCCUGGGGUGAAGCCGCACCCCGAGCGGAUGCCGCCGUUGGUAGCGGACAGCCCCAAAGCACGAUGCCCUCUGGAUGCCCUCAACACCACGAAGCCAAAACCCCUGACUGUCAAAAAGGCCAAGUGGCACCUGGGAAUCCGCAGCCAGAGCAAACCCUAUGACAUUAUGGCCGAGGUGUACCGUGCUAUGAAACAGCUGGACUUUGAGUGGAAGGUGGUGAACUCCUACCACCUCAGAGUGCGCCGCAAGAACCCGGUGACAGGCAAUUACGUGAAGAUGAGCCUGCAGCUCUACCAGGUUGACAACCGCAGCUAUCUCUUGGACUUCAAAAGCAUAGAUGAUGAUGUGAUGGAGCAGAGAUCCGGCUCUUCCACGCCACAGCGCUCCUGCUCUGCUGCUGGCUUGCACCGACCGAGGCUGAGCAUCGAUGCUGCCGCAGCCACCGAGUGCCAGUCGCUGAUGGGCUCCCUGAGCGGCUCCUUCGUCGGCAGCAUCCCAUCAGUGACGCCGCGCCUGGGGAGCCACACCAUGGACUUCUUUGAGAUGUGCGCCAGCCUCAUCAUGGCCCUGGCUCGCUGACGGGCGGCACCGAGGCACCGGUCCGUCUGCACAUGAGCACAAAGCAAAACUGAAUCCCAGGAUAACUGUAGUGUCUGUGGCCCAGCAUCUUUGGGCAGACAAACCUCAGCUCUAUGAGAGAGGUGAACCAGACUAGUCCAUUGCAAUUUUGUGUUUGUACUAUAAGGAGUAUUUAUGAUUUAUGGUAUUAUGUAUCUAUUUUUUUUUUCUUAAAAUACUGAACUUUAAAAAGCUCUAAGCAUCCCUUCAAACGUAUAAUUAAUCUGAAGCUCAGAAAAAAAAAAAUCCUGAACUCUAUAAAUACUCCAUCUUUCUUGUGUUUUCAAUUUUGUCAGCUGAUGGAGUGAAAAUUUUGUUUUCAAACUAAUUGUUUUAGUACUUUCUGGGGCUAGCUGUAGUGGAAGGACACAGAGCCUAGGUUCAGUUUUGUCCUUUGUGCAAGUAACUGUGCAUUAGAUAAUCACAAUGAAGCCUUUUACCUUCCAUUUAUGGUGUGGAAAGUGUUUCUUGGUGUACUGCACUGCAUGUGAUAGCUGUCUCCAUGGUUGACAUUUGCACUUUAAUAAACUCAGAGAUGAAAAGAGGCAAGAGCAACAAAUCGUUAAAAUGUACUUAUUGCACAGUCCCUUUUUGCAGGCUGGGGUUGGCUGGUAGAAUUUCCCUCUGGAGAUGUUGCUGGCACAUGCUCGCUGCAGGGCCAUGGAUGCCCCUGGGGCUUCAGGGGGACGAAUGGGCAGGGAUGGGAACUAAAAUAAAUACAUGACUAACAAACAGCUUCCCCAAUCUGAAAUACAUGCCAGGACCCAGGCCCAAAGGUUUUCUUCUGUAUCCAGCAGAGCUGAUGGACCUGUGCUGACUCUGAUCUCGACUCCUUACACAAAAGCAUGGAGAGAAGCAUGUUGAAGCUAUUGUGUAAAAAUAACCUUCCAUUGCAGGAAAGACUUCUGGGCAGGGGUGACCUGGGGACUUUGUUCAUAGAUGUCUCUGAUGGAGAGGGAUGUAAAUCCAGUUAAAGCGCAAAGGUGCAGUGAGUGCUUUGCUUCUGUUCCUAUCCCCAUUCUCCUUUUUACCCAAUUUAUGUGAUACAGAAUUGGUUUCUAAGAAAUUUCUGUUCUCCCUCACAUUCAGGAAAUCACAACACUUAAUCAUGAUCAUCUCCAUUUUGAGAAGGAACAUGAAAGAACUGGGUUUAAAAUUCCCAUGAGAAUUACUUCAUGUUUUGAUGUGUUUAGGAGGCACCAACAUGGCUAUAAAAGCACAAAGGAAUAAUUUAAUCUCCUGACCAGUAUCUUGAGUUAAAGAUAGCCAACCCGUGG